AUGGAAAGUUGUGAACUUUUAAUAUCUGAAGUACAAAAGCGAAGUGCGUUGUGGGACAAGCGAAAUAAAAAGCACAGGGAUAGAGUAGUUUGCGAUAAGGAAUGGAGUAUAGUGGCUAAAAAAACUAAUUUGGAUAAAGAAGAUGCAAAAAGAAAGUGGAGAAAUCUGAGGGAUACUUUUUUAAAAGAAAAAAAGAAAGUAAAAAAAUGUCGUUCAGGAGAUUCACAGGAAAAUGCAGAAAUUUACACGGGAAAAUGGAUUUACUAUAAGCUAAUGCUUUUUUUUAAAAGACACAACUACGCCACGAAAUACUGA